CUUAGCAAAAGGAGCUCAUAUAUACUCUAAACUUGUAUAUAUAUAUAUAUAUAUAUAUAUACUCAGUGAUAUAAAAUACAUAUCUUAUAUACACACACACAACAGGGUUGGACACAUUUCACAAGUGGGGCAGGAAUGUUUGUUAGAACAUGUACUUGUAGCAACACAUGAAUUGAAAACAGUGCCUGAUAAAACACACACAGAUAACAACACAGAAAUGUGUUUAUCCCUAAAGCCACUUGCACUUAUAUAAUCACUGACAAACAGAAGGACAUACAGACACAGUUACCUAUAUCUAUUCACUUGUUGCUGCUCCAUUGGAAGAUAUGGGGUCAGAAGAGGAACUACUGAAAAUUGGGAGAAGGCUGGAGAAGAAAAUCAAAGGAGGAAGUAUGGACCAGGUUGUGGAUCUACUGAAAGAGCUACAAAAGUUUGACAUGACUGUGCCUCUCUUACGGAGCACAAGGAUUGGGGUGACUGUAAACAAGUUAAAGAAGAAAAUUGAAGAACAUGAGGUUCAAAAGCUUGCCAAAACCAUCAUCAAGAACUGGAAAAGACUGCUGGAGGCAUCAUACAAGGCGAAAGGCAGCACAAUGAAUACAGGACUCACAUCUCCAUCAAUGGCCGAAACAGGGAGGCUUACUACUCCUCUACAAAAGAAACGGCAAUCAGAGAAGCCCAGUGAUAGUUCUGAAAAAUCUGUCCAACACAACAGACAACAGCCUGUCCUUAAGGACCAGAAAUUGAAGCGGAGACAUUCUACGGACGUUCAGCCAUCAUCCCACACCCAUCAAAAACAGGAAAGGAGACUCUCCCUCAACUCCCCAGUCUUGGGAUCUUCUGUAACUUGUAAGAGUUCCGGCAACUCCAAAGAGGAAAGGAGUCAAUGCUUGGGGUCAUCAACUAUGGGAGCUUCUAAUGUGUCAAUCAAGCCAUCGACAGACAAAGAAGAAAGGCGACAUUCUCUCAACUCCUUGACUACAGCUCAUGAUACAUCCAGCAAAUCCGCAACUGACACCAAAAGGGAAAGAAGACAUUCCCUAGGGUCUUCUACUCAUGCACCUCGUGGUGGAUCCAGCAAACCAGCUGAGGAGAGGAGACACUCUGUCAGUUCUCCCAGAGAUACAUCUAGUGCUUCUAGCAAACAAACAAACGACUCCACAAAACAGGGAAAAUGCUCCCUCAGCUCCCCCACAACUUCUUGUAAUGGAUCCAGCAAACCAGGAGUUGACAUAAGGAAUGAGAGAGGGACGGUGGGGCUCUCAAGUCCCCGAGGUGACUGCAGCCCUCCUUCUGUUUCUUGUGUUUUGUCACCAUGUUAUCUGACCGGCGAUUCUGUGAGGGACAAAUGCGUGGAGAUGAUUGCAUCUGCUUUGAAGACUGAUGAUGAUUAUAAACAGUUUGGAACAAACUGUGAACGACUUGGAUUUGAAAUUGAAGAAUGCAUAUACAAAGAGAUGAAGGUCACUGAUAUGAAAUACAGGAACAGGGUCAGAAGCCGCAUCAGCAACUUAAAGGAUCCAAAGAAUCCCAGCCUUAGACGGAAUGUCCUCUGUAGAGUCGUGACACCACAGAAUAUUGCCAUUAUGACAGCUGAGGAGAUGGCCAGUGAUGAGCUGCGGGAGCUUAGAAACACCCUGACACAGGAAGCAAUAAGGGAGCAUCAAAUGGCAAAGACAGGAGGAACUCAGACAGACUUACUACAGUGUGACAAAUGCAAAAAGAAGAACUGCACCUACAAUCAGGUUCAGACCCGCAGUGCUGAUGAGCCAAUGACAACAUUUGUAUUAUGUAAUGAGUGUGGUCAUCGCUGGAAGUUCUGCUGAUCCAUGACUUCCAUGAUCAGUUAUUCAAUGAUAUGCUGCAAUCUUCUGCAUCCCAAACAACAGACCUUUGCCCUACAUUUCUCCAAACUGUCUAUUUUGCUUUCCUGAUUUAUGAAUCAUCCAUGAUUUUUCUUCUUUAUCCUCCACUGCCCAUGAAAACAUUAUCUGCUUAACUUUGUCCCUUCAUACACUGUAUGGAGCUUCAAUCUCUGAUAUACUGUAUUGCUUUAAUAUAUCUACUUAUAUCAUGAGGAAAUUAAUGUAUAUUAUUAAAAAAAGCUUAACGGGGCCCUGCAAUUUGCCAAUAGAAAUUUUGAAGUUUAGAUUACUGUUCUAAAAUAGUCUUCCUAUUAAAAGUAAAGGCAGAGAGCUAAUAGAUAAUAAUUUUGAUUAAUUGGUUAGGAGAAAUGCUACACAGAACCUGGCUCUACUCCUUUAGGUGAAAUCAUCAACCGCGCCUUGUUAGAUCUAAUAGUGAAUUCAGCUACCAGAGGAGAAGCAUUACAGAGUGGACGUCUUGAUUUGCACGUCUGCCUGUUUUUUCUGACUGACUGGACUCACUGAUGUUAUCUAUGAACGUACAAAACUGGCUAGAUAAGCAAGUAGUAGUUUGUUUCAUUUAUCCUUAACUGUUUUUCCCCUCUGAUUGAGAAGAGAUUACAUGGCCGCAAUAUGGAAUGGCUCCGUCGUUGACGGAGAAUGGCUUAUGGCAACCAAUAAAGAAAGGCUUUCAAUGACAA